AGCAUAGAUUGAUUGACAUCACCACGGUAAACAACACAAGAAUGGCUUGCACACCACAACGAUGAAACUUGCGCUUUUAGCUUAACUUCCUAAAAGUGCAGUGAACCCAUCAUGAUAGAUCACGCAACGAUCCCCUCGCCUGCACUUUGACCUUUGACACGGUUGUGACCCCAAUGGAAGGGCCUAUAAUGAGUGAGGUUCAUGAGGCGGCAGCAGCGGGAGACAGCGAACAGAUCUUAAAUCUCUUGAAUCUUGGCAAGUAUGACGUGAAUCAGAAAGAUGCAGAGUGGCACGACAGGACUCCAUUACACUGGGCUGCCAUAAAAGGUCAUGGAGAAAGUAUUCGCGUUCUUGUUGACUACGGAGCCAAUAUCGAUGCCGUCACAGACAGUGGAUGGACACCAGCACAUUUUUCUGCAGAACUCGGCAAGAUUGGUGCACUUAAAACCUUACAUAAACUCGGAGCCAAUAUAGAGAUAAAAGAUUGCUGCGGUGACACAGCAAGAGAUGUGGCUGCAGUCUAUGGACAGCAUGAUUGUGUUGAAUUCCUGAAAAUGGCCGCGUGGGAAGAUGUGAUUCGUAAGGAGAGAGAACAGCAGGAAAAGCUGGACCUGGAGGAACGAGAGCGACAGGAAGAGGAGAAAAGAAGACACAGAGAGGAAGAGGCGAGGAAACAAAAAGAGCAAGAGAAAGAGAAGAAGGGAAAGGAUAAGACAAAGGAGAAAGGGAAGAAGAGGAAAUUCUUGGGAGCUGGAAGGGCAGUUUUAUUGAUUAACUCAGACUCAAAAUAGUUUUGUUUGGAACAAACUCACUCCAGAGAUCCAUUAGUCUCACUCACUGAUGAAAUUCAAGAAACAUUUGAAGACUGAACUGUUCGGAGUUCAUUAAUUUGUUUGUGAAUUGUUCUUUCGUCCAGCGCCAUCUAGUGCCGUCUAGGAAGUGUGUACUUUAUAAGUACUCUGUGCUAUUAUUUUGAUUCCAGAUGUAACAUUAGGGGAGUCUCAAUAUAGAUCUUAGUCAAAGGCUUCCAACAAACAGAGUCUCUCAAAAGUUUCCGUCAUUUGUAGAGUGUAACAAUAUAUUGUUAGUACUCUUGUUGUGUAAAU